AUGUCAUUCCAAAGAUGUUUAAUGUGAGUGCAACUAUAGAAUAAGUGAAAUAAAGUAUCUUCAUGUAUAUUGCAGAAAGUACACAAAUUAGGUAUAUCAAAAUAAUUAGCAAUUUGGGGAUUUGUAGGAUAAACAUUAUGCAAGAUCUUAAAAUGUAUUUCUGUUAUUUUGUUGGAUAUGCGGAAUUUUUCAGGUAAUAACCAUGCUCUCUUCCAUUGAAUGCAGUCAGAGAAGUUGGUCCAAAAAAUUACAUCUUGGGGUGGUAUAUACAGAGUAAUGUAACAAUCGUCUGACAUUUCUGUUGUCACAUUUUUAAUCAAAAAAAGACACUCCAUCCAAAAAAAAGUUUAGGCAUAAUUGUCUCCCUCUCAUUAAAGUAAAGAAAAGUCUUAAAUAAAUGCACAUAACUUUGUGACAGUUGUUGACGGUCUUCCGUUGCGCCCGCCUCGCCGUGAUGACGUCAGCACUGACGCGUUCAUUGAGCGUCGAGUCUUCAGAGCUGAGCUGCUCGUUCAGUUCAGCUGUAAAUACUGGAGUAUUCCCAUCAGUCUACAAGUGAGGACGAGCAUCAGACCAUCAGGAAGAAGAGAAAUCUGCAAAGACAGAGUUUAUUGAAGGACAGUGAGAAGAUGAGUGAUCCAGAACCCUGCAGAAUUAAACAGGAAGACACUGAAGAACUAAUAGAGCUGAUGGUGAAAGAGGAAAGUGAGGAUCUGAGUGAAUCCGAGAGGCAUACGGUGAGAGCUGAUAUAAAGAAGCCACAUUCGUGCUCUCUGUGUGAAAAGAGCUUUGCAUAUCAGUCACUUCUAAGACAGCACAAGAUGACUCACACUGGAGAGAAACCGUACACAUGCACUCAGUGUGGGAAGAGUUUCACGCAGUCAUCAUCCCUCACUCGACACAUGCUGAUCCACACCGGAGAGAAACCGCACAGAUGUGAUCAAUGCGGCAAAACAUUUCUGAGGCCUUCAGAGCUGAAGGAGCAUCUCGAAGCUCACAGAAGUGAAAAGCUCUACUCGUGUUCUGAGUGUGGAAAGAGGUUUACGCAUAAGCAAAUCUUACGAAAACAUGAGAAGAUCCACACUGGUGUGAGAGAGCAUGCGUGCUUCGAGUGUGGGAAGAGCUUUAUUAAAUCUGGAGACCUGAAACGACACCAGAUGAUCCACACUGGGGAGAAACCUUGUGUGUGUUCACACUGCAACAAGAGAUUCACUCUGCUAGCGGCCCUGAAAAUCCAUGAGAGGAUUCACACUGGAGAGAAACCGUACGAGUGUUCGCACUGCGGCAAGAGAUUCAUUAUAUCAGGACAGCUGAAAACACACAAAAGGAUUCACACUGGGGAGAGACCCUACACAUGUACUCAGUGUGGGAGGAGUUUCAAUCAGUCAUCACACCUCAGUCAACACAAGCUGAUCCACACUGGAGAGAGAACACACAAGUGUGAUCAAUGCGGCAAAACAUUUUUCAGUGCCUCAGAUCUGAAGAAGCAUCUCCGAGUUCAUCAAAGAAGAAGUCUUAAACAAAAUUCGCCUUCCUGAAAACUCUCCUGUGUUCACAAGCAUGAGGUAUCACUAGGGAUGUAACGGUAUUGUAAAUACCGUCAUACCGCAAUAUUAAUUUUUUUCGAUAUUACCGUAGUCGCAUGACUCGGUAAAACUA